GGGCGGCGACGGGCGCCCGGCCCCUGAGCGGCAGUGCCGGUGCCGACCACGGGGCCUUUAGGCCUCCCGGGCGGGGCCGGCGGGGGCUCGCGUACCCAGUGGCUCUGCGGCCGGCCUUGCUCUGCUCCCGGGGUUUGGGCUUUCCACUACUGCUGCUGCUGGGCCUUUGCCCGGCUGCACGACCUAGCCGGUCGAGGCGCGGGCGGCCCUCUCCGCCGGGUGAGAGCAGGCCGCAGUGCGUGUGCGGCUGCUGUGCUCGCGCGUGGGCCCUGCAGUGCUCGGCCUGUCCGGGCCCUCCCUUUCCCCGGGUGUCGGCCCUGCCGCCCGUCACUUUACUGGGAGCCGUUUGCAGGUGUCGCAAAUGCUCUGUGUGCAGGGCCUGAAACGUCUAAAUGCAGAGUAUGAGUUGCUGCUCUAAACAGAAAAACGCUGGCCCCGUUGGCGGCACGGGGAACCGAGUCUGAGUGGCACGCAGCAGGGCAGCUAGCUGUGACAUCUAGCAAAGGCAUCUGGGAGAUAGAGCAUGGGCUAUGGAGCCUGGAGCUUUUGUGUUGCUUGCAUACAGGACUCAGUUGCAGAUGGGGUGACCAGCAGCAUCUUGCCUGCCUCUCCGAGGAACAGCACUCUCUGCUCCUGUUGGGCUUCAGCCUGUAACGUGAAGGAGGCAGAGACAGAGUGUAUUCUGAUAUUCUUGCACAUUUGUCCUUCAGAGUGUUUCUUUGUUUCAGAAUUCAGUAUGGGGCUGUGUGGCAAGGAUUAGGCUUGCGUGGAUAUGAGUAGUCACACAGCAAAGUUGGACCAAAAUUCUUGUGUCCUAACAAGUGUGGCAUUUACUCAUGUGUGUCAGUCAUGGGGACUCAGGAAGUGUGGGCACUAGUCUGUGCUUUGCUGAUUAUUCUCAAAAAAUCUCCUUUGGAGUUCUGGUGAGUAAGGGGAUGCAAUUUGGGAAAGAAGUUAGUAUUUCAAGUAUUUUAUAAAUGUGCCAAGGCUUCAUCCUUGUAUUAAAAGCAGAUGGGCUGCCAGCCUUUUUAAAAGCAGGACACGGAUGCUCAUCUGAGUGGUGUUUACUUGUGUGGUUUCUCCAAGCUUACCUGGGAGGUCUUGUUUGGAAGGAGGGAAACUGAGUUAAGGGAAGUUUUUGAGUAAGAACCGAAGCUUGUUCCAGCAAAGCCACAGGUAGCUCUGUGCCGCCUUGCAGUGAGAGUGUGCCUUUACCUCCAGGUCAGGCUUCUUUUAAGCCUGUUUUCUAUUUUAGUCGUCCUUGUCUGGUGUAGCUUUAUCAGGAAGGCCUGGAGCCCUUACCAUUCUUUUUUCUGUGAACAACUAGCCUAGGUCAGUGGUUCCCGACCCCUUUUUUAUGGUUGAGCCACAGCUCCUCACCUCCUCUUCCUUCUUUUUUAUGUCCUUCUCCCUGCCACAGCUCACCUCAGUGUGGUUACUGCUAUCUAUUUGUGACUGCACCUUGCUGGUUGGCAUCUGGGCACUGAGGUCAGGGCCAGCCCUGAAUCUGCUGUUAUGGCUUUUCACCUAUUGUUCUGUUCCCGAGACUUCAGUAUUUCUAGAAGCAGCAAAGAUACAUCUGAGAGACGAUAGCAGCAUAUUCAUGGGAGUGUGGGCAGUCUGCUGGAUUCACAUGUAAUUUCUGAAGCCAGAGACAGCCAAGGGCCUUGCUGGGCUUCACCUCCAGCCCCACAAACAGCUUUGGGGAUUAGGUACCUGCUCUGCUGCUCCUUUCUUUUGACCUCACACAGGAAGUUGUUCUCUCAGGACCUUAAUUUUCUGCUGGUGCACUGGGAACCGUUCCUCCCUGGUUUAAUACGUUGCUGUGAAUAUGAAUGUACCAGAACGAUAUAAGGUCCUGGGAUACUAGAAUGAUGAGAGCCGUAUAUACCUUAGGAGUUGGGGCUUUUGUAUACAGCUUGAAGUGUAUAGAGUUAGCUUUCUAUUAAAGGUAUUCAGCUUUGUUUUUAUCAACCUUUCCUGAUUGUGAUCUUGAAAAUGAGGUUAGUGUGUUUUACUUCAAAAUUGUUAACAGAUGUACCUGUAAUGAGUUUCUUUUGGUAACUUGGAUCAAUAAAUAUCCUGCCUAAUAGCUAUUCCUAUUCAUAAACAGAAUUUAAAAAGACUUAAUUCCUCUUUGUGAAUCCUGGCCUUUCUGGCUAUCGUUAAUGUAAAACCAAUUAUGUCUUGGUAGUGAAUAUCUUGUGUAUUUUUAACACACGCAAGCCCUUAAUCACGUUGUUUCCUUUAUGAGGAGAGCUGUGAAUGGAUUGAGUUCCGUAGUUCACAGUUGGCUUUUCUAGCUCACCCUGGCAGACAGUGUAUAAAUAAACCUGCAGUGACAGAACAGAGAUUUAGAUUUUUGCAUCGUGCACAUUGUCUUGGAUUUAUUUCCUGUGUUUUAAUGAUGGAUGACAGAUGUAGUUCACAUCUUUGUGGUGCCUGCAGCGUGUCUGUUUUGGUCUCUUGAAAGAAUAAAGGGGAUGCUGGCCUCACUGUUCGACUGUGCAGAUCAGGUUACUACUGUUGAAGUGAAGAAAAUUUUUCACUGGUUUGUUUUGUAUGUUUGACAACAGGCUUUGGGCAGUAGGCCUAAGCACUGCGUUGCAAAGUCCACUGGUUUUCCCUGGGGAAAAACCUUGGUUACUAGCAGAAAGAAGGAAAAGAAAUGGAUGAGUUGUUGUGGAACUGAAGAUCUUGGGAAUAUAGGAAGCACGUGUGAUUUCCAAGACUUGUGAUUAAAAAGGAAAGUAAUACUGGAUUGCUAGGUAACAGCACCGUUUAGAAGUGUGUUUACUCUGGGAUGUAGGCAAGGUAAGAACAGCACCUUGACUGUUUUUUAAGGUAUACAGCACUGAUUAAAAACUUGGUCAGAGUCAUUGCACUGGCUUCUUGAGUGUUCAGAUGCAAAGCUUUUUGGUGCUCCCAUCACUGUGCCACUGGUGCACAUUCAUACAGGCCAUUCUUGUGAAGCAUAUCAGUAUUUUAUUCUGAAAUGAAAGAGAUACUUUUCUUGUCCAAAUAUCCUGAUGUUCCUUUGGAGAUACUGUCACGAUGUUUCCUUUCAUUGAGUUGGCAGUGAAAGAAGUCCCAGUCUUGGGUUUUGCACAUUCCCUUGCACCAGCAUUUAUAUGUCUGUGGGACAGGUUGGAUCAGGGAACUGAUCCAGCUGAAAACUGUGACUGACUUGAGUACUAGAGGCAGCAUAAGGGAAGUGAUGGAAAUGUGCAUUGUCGAGACAUAGGGCUUCCAUUCUUGGUACUGUGUGCCCAGAUGUUUUUUCAAAAUGACUAUGUAAUCCCAUCCUCCUUAUCUGGAAGAGGUCCUUGCUCUGUAUCAGCUCCCUGACGUGGUCUGCUCAUGUGCUUGCGUGUGUUUGAUGAAAAUAUUGUAUGUGGCUCGCUUCUGUUAGCUGGGAUGAAAUUUUCCAGAAUUCCUUCAUUGCAAACCCACUCAAGAUUAGAGAAAACUUAAGUUAGUUCUUUGAUCUUAAGGAAAAAUUAUGAAAGUGAUACUUUUAGUGUGACACUUGAAAAUAGUGCAGUCGAUAAAUAACUUCCUGGGGUUUGUAACUGGUGAAGAGAUUCUUUACUGAUCAGCACUGGGAUUUGAUGUUGGUCUGUAAAGCUCAAGGGCCCUCAAGAACGGAGUGUUUGCUGCAGCAGGUUAUUGCGUGUUCAGACUUAUUCAGUGAAGUAGAAAUUGGGUAAUUUUAGUGAAUAUUUGAUUAACAAAUCUCUCCUCCUCUCUCCUUCUGAAUCUUACUCUGAACUCUGUCUGAUGUCUGUGGUAACUUUUAACAGGUAUGUGGAGCAGAGAGAAGCAAAAUGUGUCUUAAGAUUCUAGUUUUAAGAAAUGAAUCUCUCUAACCAUGAGAGAGAGCCACUGCUAGAGUUUAGGGGCAGGAGGGUGGGAACAGUGAGAAACGUUUCUCUGCAUGGUUCCUUAUUUCUGCUUUGGUGCAGCUUCGUGAGGCCAGUGUCCUAUCAAAAGCUGUCUUUGUGUUGGGCCUUUCAUUUUAGGAUAGCACCUGUUUAAAUACAGUUCUUGCCCAGCAUGAACAACUUGGAAAUUAAUUCUGCUUGAGCAAGAGAUUGGACUAGAUGACCUCCAAAAUUCUCUUCCAAGAUAAUUCCUUGAUCAGGAGUGUAUUAGUGACUUAAGUACUAAGCAGCGGUGUUGUUUGCCCAUGCAAGGUGCCCAUGCAGUGCACCAUUGUAAGGUGCACUCCUGUACCAGUUGUGCAAUACGUAAAGCAGACUUUUGGGAAUUUAUGCAAAUCUUCCUGCGUUCGAGAUUGUGGGAGAACUCUUCCCAUACACCACUGAGCACUGAAACCUGGUGAUCUGGGGAGAGCCACCUUCAGAAGCAAACUUAGGUCACGUGCGUUCUCCAUGCCUGUGGGAAGUGCCGCCUCCUCUGAGCCUCUCUAGGGCCUGCUCCUGUGAGGCACCAUAGCCCUGGGAAGGAGGGAGGUGCCAAGCACUGGGGCCCGUGGCUGUUAGCCCUUUGGCACCAACUUGGAGCACGUGUGAGGCAGUGCUCAGACUGACAAAGUGAGCGGCUUCUGUGCCCUUCGGAGUUCAGUUUAAUGAUUGGCUGCUUCACAGAAGGUAAAACUACUGGCAGAGGAGAUGGAGUUCUGAGGAAGCAAGUCAGGACUGGGUUUGGUUGAGGAGCACCUGCAGACACACCCAAACUAUUGACUAUAUGUUUCUAGAAGGGAAGCUGGCAUGUUACGGUAAAUGUGAUUCACUCUUUGUGAACCCACUUGCACCCUCAAAGGCUGUACUCCAUGCUUCAGGUGCAUUCUCUUCCUUCUACCCCAAACCUUCCUGCUACUUGGAAGCAUCCCCACUGUCUACUCAGUUCUUAACGAUGCUUCAUACCAAAUGAUCAAUCACAUGAAGUUUUUUAGGUUGUGACACAUCUUAAUGUGCUAAGGAAUAAUUCUUAGCAAGGAAGAGGGUACUGAGUCAUCUGGAAAAAUAAACAGCCCUUGGACAAUUAAUGUUGUUGAUGCUUGUGCUGGUAGUUUUGUAACUUUAAACCUUCACUGCUGCCACAAGGUAGAAACAAACAGUGACUCCUCUCAGGAAUGGGGAGUGAGUUCACAGUUUAGACAGUGCUGUAGGACUCUGACAUGCAACCUUAGGCACAUCCAGCUACGCUGGUCCUGAUGUUAAUGUCCCUCUGACAGCAGGCAGAACAUAUGCCUGUGCCUGCCACAAGCCAGCAGACCUCUCCUGUCAGUCUUGUGUAGUAGUGAGAAUAAGCAGGACCAUCUUCUGCCACUGAGGCCACCAAGAAGCUUCCAUUAAAACCAGCAGAGAGGCUAACUUGCUGCUGCUUGUUGGGUUUUGCUGCUGCUUGUUGGGAUCCAAAGCCUUGGUGCGAUUCUAGAGGAAGUAGGUGCAGUGUUACUCUCUGCGUUUGAGUUUCAUGUUAAGAAACAGUGUACGCAAGUGUAGAAUGGCACCCAGGCUGUCCUCCAUGCUGAGGCAGAGUGUGGGUUGAACUUGCUCAGGGACCCUAGAGGCAGCAGGGCCAGCAGCACUGAAAAUACCAUAGUUCUUGGUUUUUGGGAUCAUACAACUAGAAAAGGAGCUGUGGCAAAAAUACAGCUUUUUUGGAUUCUCAUUUUGGAGAGUCGACAGUGAAGGCAAGCUCUGAAGUGAUGCUCUGAACUUGUUUGGAGAUCUUCUACCCCACUGAAAAGUAGCUUUGUUAAGCAAGUAAAUGUAAGCUUUGAGUGUUGCUGUUCUCUUCCAAACCUGCCUAUAUGACAGACCAGAUGAUGUGCCACGUACCAUGUGCUUUGCUUGGGGACUGCUGCUACAAAACAACUGUCCUACACAUCUCCAGUGCUUAUCAACUUGCUGUCAGGUAGCACGUCCUCUAUAGGACAACCCCAAAGCCCAGAAAUGACUUAGAGCCCCAAGGAAGCAAACACACUGGGGAAAAAAACAAUAAAGACAGAGUGAAAGUUCAGCCUGGGCUUUACUUGGAUGUAAUAAGAACAGAUGUGGCAUCAUUUGUCAGGAGGCUUGGUGGGUAUUUUUUUUCUCCCUAGUUAGGUCAGCACUGCUUUGAAAAUAAAAGUUUAGAAUAUGGCUUUACAAUGUACUGCUGGUUUGGCCCUAAGCUUGUCAGAAGGGAGACAGGAGGUUAAUGUAUUUUUAACAUUUCCUUCAGAAAGGAAGCGAUGUGUGUGUUGGUUACACUGCCAAGGUCUAAGCAAACAGUGUCACACAGCGGUAGCUGCAGUCAGAUGGAGAAUCUUAAGUUCUACCUAAGCUGGCCUGAGAGAGGAAGCCCCAGGGCUCUAGGCCUGUGCUGUUUUCUCCCUUGGCUUGGAUAUGCCUGGGUCAUUGCUCCCUAACUGAUGUUUGGCAAAGUGAUCUGAGUUCAGAUAAGCCCUUGUGUUUGUUUGUGUGACCCGGUCCUUAUCAAUCUGACAGAAUGAGGUUAGGGAACUGCCAUAGAUGUAGCUGGGGAAGAGGGUGUGGUAAAUUCAGUCAGAGGUUACCCUCAUAACCCAGCUCUGCUGCAGUCAGGAUGGUGUUUCAAUUUGGAUUGAGCGAGCACUGUAAAAUUAUGGGGAAGUUUUGUCAGUUAAGGCAGGCCUUACAAGGGAGUGGUGGGCUGAAGUGUGAUUCUGGUCUCUAAACACAGGCUGCUGGACACCUUGUGUGAGCUAAGAAGGAGCAUGCCCUCACCAGAGGAGGGAGGGUUGCCAGGACCCAAAUGGCUCUCUUGAGUAGGCGAUUGGGUUUAUCCUUAACCCACCUAAGCAAUGCGGUGAUCCAGCGACACUUCAGUAUCACUGGAGCAUGCCCAGCAAUACAGAAACUCACCCGUGUGCGAGUGGUGGACAACAGUGCCUUGGGGAACACGCCAUACCACCGGCCACCAAAGUGCAUCCACGUGUAUAAUAAGACCGGAGUUGGCAAAGUAGGAGAUACGAUUCUUCUGGCUAUCAAAGGAGAGAAGAAGAAGGCUUUAAUUGUAGGGCACAAGAUGCCUGGCCCCCACAUGACGCCUAGGUUUGAUUCCAACAAUGUGGUACUCAUAGAAGACAAUGGAAAUCCAGUAGGGACUAGAAUAAAAACACCAAUACCCUAUAUCCUGCGAGAGAGAGAAGGAGAAUUCUCCAAGGUGUUGGCCAUUGCCUGCAACUUUGUGUGAAUGCUAAGAAAAGUCACUGGCAAUCCUGUUUGUAUCCUUUUGUAGGGUUGUUGUUCCUUGGUCCUUUUCUAGAAAAUGGUGAAACUUGAAGAGUGGAGGCUCGUCACAAGUCUUUCUUUCUGUUUAGGAAUUAAAAGCAACUAGUUUAAAUGUUGAAAUGCCUUGUUUUUCUCCGAAAGAAGGCUGACUGAUUUCACAGAAUGUCCACAGUGUGUUUAGUAAAUGAUCUUUCACCCUUACUCCUCUGGUGGUCUUAAUUCUCUAAUCAUUAAAAUGAGAAUGUAAAAAUC